GCUGUGGAACCAGCCCCUAGCAACCCGCCUGCUUACGGUCACCCGGCGGCUGCACCCCCACCGGCUGGUGGUUUUCACUCGUGCCCUGCCCUGGGCGGGUGCGGCCUGGGGGAAGGGCCAAGGGGAACCUGGGUGUCCCCACGACGGCUGCAAGAGGACUAAGCAUGGAUGGCAGCCAGAGAGUCAGAGCAACCUCUGUCCUUCCCAGAUAUGGUCCACCACCAUACCUAUUUAAAGGUCACUUGAGCACCAAAAGUAACGCCUUUUGCACUGACUCCUCUUCUCUCAGAUUAAGUACUCUCCAGCUGGUCAAGAAUCACAUGGCUGUUCACUAUAAUAAAAUCCUUUCAGCCAAAGCUGCAGUAGACUGCUCAAUUCCAAUAAGUGUGACUACCAGCAUCAAAUGUUUGUUUUUCACCUUAGAUGCAGACCAACAACGAAGAGAGAAACUCAAAAAAGAAUUAGCACAAUAUGAAAAAGAGUUUAAAUUAACUAAAGCUGCAUUGCAGACCAAUUCUAAAAAUAAUUCCAAGUCAUUUUUUAACACCAUAUCAAAGCCCUCAGGGGAACCACAAGACCAGAAUGUGUUAAUAGAAGAAAUGAAUGGAUCUCCAUCCUUUGAGCAGUCACUCGUACCUUCUUCAGAGGGACUACACCUAAGUCUACCUAAGUCUGAUAAAAGCCUCAUGAAUGGUGUUGAGAACUCCAGGUCCUCCCCGUCCUGCAUAGAUUAUGUAGCUUCCAGUCCCAGGAAGCCAUGCUCUGGAAACAUGUAUGGCAGAAGGCCCAGGAGCACAUUCCCAAAUUCCCAUCGCUUUCAGUUAGUUAUUUCAAAGGCACCCAGUAGGGAUCUUUUGGAUAAACAUUCUGAACUCUUUUCUAACAAACAAUUGCCAUUCACUCCACGCACUUUAAAAACAGAAGCAAAAUCUUUCCUGUCACAGUAUCGAUAUUAUACACCUGCCAAAAGAAAAAAGAAUUUUACAGAACAGCGAAUGGAAGCUGAAACCCAGACUGAAUUAAGCAGCUUUAAUUCUGAUUUUGAUAUAAUUGAGACUAAGAACUUGACAGAUUCAAAAGUCAACACAAAGCAGGCAUCUAAUUACAUGACGUAUAGCACCAAAGAAGAAACGACCCCUUUACUUUUACAAGGGAAUGACUUAAGGUGGCACACUGUUAAAGAUGGUACUCUGCAGCCUUCUUCACAAAGGACAGCGUGUCAGUAUACCAUGAAACUUCCUUCAGAAAAUAAAACCUACUCCAAUGAUGAAGAACUGUCAUAUCUGAGUUUCAUUGAAGAUGUAACAGAUGAAAUUUUGAAACUUGGUUUAUUUUCAAACAGGUUUUUAGAACGACUGUUUGAGCGACAUAUAGAACAAAAUAAACAGCAUCUGGACGAGGGGAAAAUGCGACAUCUGCUGCAUAGCCUGAAGAUAGAUUUGGGCUGCACAUCUGAGGACAAUUCAGUACAGCUAAAGAAUGGCAAUAUGUUGAAUUUCCUUAGGACUGUGAAUUCAGAACAAAAUGAAUUAAAAAAUGAAAAUGUUUCAGUAAUUCAACAGGAAAACCAACAAUACCGAAAGGCUUUAGAUAUGUUAUCAUCUGCACCAAAGGAUGAAAAAGAGAUGUUCUCUCUAUCGGGUGAAUUUUUCUUACCCAUCUAUAAAUCAAAGUAUUCAGAAGGGGUUAUAAUUCAGCAGGUGAAUGAUGAAACAAAUCUUAAACCUUCAAGUUGUGAUGAAAACAAUCCAAGUAUUUCAGACGAUUUAAUAAACCAGGAAACUUCUGUGUGUGUCAUUGAAGGUGAUAGUGACACUGAAAAGGUUGAUAGUGACACUGAAAAGGUUGAUGCUUCAGAUGAAUUAUGUUGUCUUAGCACAUCACGUUCCCAGCCUGUGCAGUUCUCUAGUGUCAGAGGUAACCGUAAUCAUGACAAGGAGUUAUCAGUGCUUAAAAUCAUGGAAAUGAGCAUUGAAGACUUCUCUUCGAAUGUUUGACCUUCAUUAAUAAAUGUUCCUCAAUGCCAGUAACCCAA